GAGCCCCAGAAAGAUCUUAAACCCUAGAAAGCUCUUAAAAGCCCCCAGGGCUAGCAGCGGCGACGUAUCCCUAAUCCCACCUCCAGUCUUUGGGCACCAAAUUUCCGGCGGCGAUGGCGGCGGCUGUGGCGAGGUCAGGGUUCCGGCGCAUGUUCUCCGUCUCUGCCUUCGCGCCGCCGAAGGCGCCCGCCGCGCGCCCCAAGGCCGACCCAUCCCCCAACCUCUUCGUCUCCGGUUUGAUGUUUCCGAACAUGGGCUUACUUGCAGGCUUAAGCAAGCGUACCACAAGUGAAGGACUUAGAGAAGCCUUUGCGGAGUUUGGUGAAGUUUUGCAUGCUCGAGUUGUGACCGAUCGUGUCAGUGGGUUUUCUAAGGGAUUUGGCUUUGUAAGGUAUGCUACGACCGAAGAGGCAGCCAAGGGAAUAGAAGGAAAGGAUGGAAAGUUCCUUGAUGGAUGGGUUAUUUUUGCGGAAUACGCUAAACCCAGACCACCGCCGGAGGAAACAGGGAUGAAUUCGCAGCCCCAGCAGUCAUGGGGAGCUCCAUCAGGUUCCUGGGGUGCACAGUAGAUGAAGUGAUAUUGUGAGAGCCCCUCCCUGUCCCAGCCCUGGGGCUCGUAGCGGAUCGUGAGGGAUGAAUUUGUGUGUGGUGUGUCGCAGGUGUGAAUGCCUUUGUUGUCCAAAUAUUCCUACGUGUUGGGGUGGUCGCUUGCUCGCGUCCACGUCUUUCACAUGAAUUGGUUACUGUGGUAGUUGUAGUUCUGGAUACGGUACCAAAACAAAAGUAUUGCUGUCAACAAUCUGCAACAGCCGGGAAAACAGUCGAAAACCUUUGCAAAUAAUGCCUGCUGCCGUGGAAAA